GCAGCCUGGGCUAGCAUGGAGGGGGGGCUGGCUCUCCCCCAGGGCAGGCUGCUGCGUUACCCGCCCCCCCGCCCCCCCAUCUCUCUUCCCCAGGUGUGGUCACAGUAUGAGGAGCCCCUCGUGGAAGACGUGGUGCCCCUGGCUGAGGAGAAGGAGCGCACGGUCAACUACAAGCCCGUCUUUGUGACCGAGGUCACCGAUGAUCUCCACUUCUACGUGCAGGAUGUGGAGACGGGGACCCAGCUGGAGAAACUGAUGGAGAACAUGAGGGGCGAGAUUGCUGCCUGCCCCCCCGUGGAGGGGGCCUACACCCCCCGUCGAGGGGACUUCUGCAUUGCCAAAUUUGUGGAUGGAGAAUGGUACCGGGCGCGGGUGGAGAAGGUGGAGUCCCUGGCCAAGGUGCACGUCUUCUACAUCGACUACGGCAACGUGAGU